GAGGCGAGGCACAGGCCAGGCCGGUGCUGGCGCAGAGCCGGCGGGGCCGGGGGAGCAGCAGCAGCGGGAGCGGCAGCGGGAGGAGAAGGGACGGAAGCGCCGGGACUUCCUCUGGGGGAGGCCGGCCCCGGGGCGGUGCGGUGCCAGCGGGGAGCCGCGGCGAGGCGGCCCCGCUGACCGCAGGGGUGGUGGCGGUGGCGAUGCGGGCCGCUUGGGUGGUGCUGAUGGCGCUGGCCGCCCUCUCCGCUUACUACGUGUACCUGCCGCUGCCCGGCACCGUGUCGGAUCCCUGGAAGCUGAUGCUGCUGGAUGCCACCUUCCGAGCAGUGCAGCAGACGUGUCACCUGAUUCACUACCUGCGACUCAGCCAUCACUUGAUAGUCCUGAAUUACAUCAUUUGCACCUUUGACAAGCUGAAGUCUGUCUCCUCUGAAGACAUUAAAAUCACAGAUUCUGUUUUUGAUGGUGUAGAAGUCCGAGUGUUUGAACCUCCUGCAAAGCAAGAGGAAAAGCUGAAACGCAGCGUUGUUUACAUCCAUGGAGGUGGCUGGGCCUUGGCAAGUGCAAGAACCAGCCUGUAUAACAAUCUCUGCAGAAUCAUGGCAGAAUCUCUCAAUGCUGUUGUCAUCUCAGUUGAAUACAGGUUGGUACCAGAAGUGUGGUUCCCUGAGCAGUUCCAUGAUGCUCUUCGUGCUACUAAGCAUUUUUUGCAGCCUGAUGUCUUAGCUGAGUAUUCAGUCGACCCAAACAGAAUUGCAAUUUCUGGAGACAGUGCAGGAGGAAAUUUGGCAGCUGCUGUGUGUCAGCAGCUUAGCAAAGAUGAGAAUCUGACCGUCAGACCCAAACUGCAGGCCUUAAUUUAUCCAGUCCUUCAGGCAUUUGACUUCAAUACACCCUCUUACCAGCAGAACAUGAACAUGCCUGUUCUUCCUCGUUAUGUCAUGAUCAACUACUGGAUAGAUUAUCUAAAUGGGAAUUAUGAUUUGGCUCACUCCCUGCUCAUCAACAACCACACCGCCCUCGACGUCAGCCAAGCCGUGGCUUUCCGGGGACGUCUCAACUGGACCACUCUGCUGCCUUCAUCCUUCAAAAAAAACUACAAGCCCGUCAUACAGACCACAGGCAAGGCUGAAAUCAUCCAGGAGAUCCCAGCACUGCUUGAUGUACGAGCAGUCCCCCUCCUUGCAGACACUGAAACCUUGCAGCUGCAGCCCAAGUCCUACAUCCUCACCUGCGAGAACGACGUCCUGCGAGACGACGGCGUGAUGUACGCCAAGCGCCUGGAGAAGGCUGGGGUGGAGGUGACUCUGGAUCACUUUGAUGACUGCUUUCAUGGCUGUAUGAUCUUCACCAUUUGGCCUACUGAUUUCUCAGCAGGCGUUCAGACCCGAAACAGCUAUAUAAAGUGGCUGGAUGAAAACCUCUGAAAAGAGAGCCCCCCUCCAAAAGCCGCAGGGCGCCCGGCUCCGGUGUCUCUUCUUGCAAAGAAUGAUAAAGUGCACUUUUCCCAAAAUCUGACUUGAUCCAUUCAGCUGCAGCUGCUGGGGGUACACACCACUAACUACAGCACUCACUAGCUCGAUUGGCAUCACCCAGCAAAGUGUUUUGAGAAAGGCUUCUUCAAAUUUUGACAUGGCCUCGCCCAGCGAAGUCCUUUUAGAAAUCCAAUUUUGAUGUUUUUUCAGCUUAUUUCAGAUGACUAUUGCCAAUAUUGAGCAGGGAGAUGAGCAUUCCUGUAGCAUUCAUAACUGGCUGCAAGUUCCAAGUUUCGACUCUUAACUAGCCAAAAAGGCCUCAAUUUCCAAAUGAUGUGAGAUAAAGCCAAGCCACCCACAUGUACAUCUGAAUGUGUAAAAUUGGGAGCUAGUUUUUCAACAGUGUUGAGCAUCUGAUGUCAAAGAAAGUGGAAGCACUCCCCUUUGACAGCAAAGCCAUCCAUUUGAAUGUCAUGCAUGGAUUUAGGUGUUGGCUUUAGGCACAUAGAUAAUUGGCUCCUUUAAUUUAUUUUUUUUUUAAUAAAAAAAAAAGCUCUUCCAGACACUUAGGAUGAUGCUAGGCAAGUCUCUUAGCCAAAAAUGUAUUCAGCUUUGGAAUUUGGUCUCUAUGGCCUUUUAUUUAUAUUGUAUAGAAGCACAGGACUAAAUCUAUUUUCAAUAAAGAAUAUUAUAGCAUACAUACAAAAAUGUGGGAUAAAAAUAUUCUGUGUAGCAGCAGAAUCCAGGUUGCUUAUAUAAGUGAGCUUCAAAGCUGUCUGCUUACUUGGCUAAAGGAUGUGGCUUCAUCUGUAUUUAAAGCCUGAGUUGUAUGAACUCCGUACAGAAAACACUGAGCUUACUAAAAAAUAAUCUGCUGUGUGGUUUGCACUAAUUUUUGUAAUUAAGAGAAGAAAUUUUUGUUGUUCAUUGACUUUUCUUUUGUGUUUUGUAGUGUUUACUCGGUUUCAUGCUUCCUGGAAGGAGGGAAGCAAGCAAAGCAAACAGAAGGGAGCUCUAAUCUAUACAGAAGAUUUAAAUCUGAGCUUUGCAGCUAAGCUUUGUCUGUCUUGUAGACUGACCCAAAAUGCUAGGUAAGAUGAUCUCGUUAUUGUGGAACAAAUCUUUACAGUUUAAGCCAGUCUGUAAAUCCAGACAAGCAGGACAGGGAAGGGAAAACCACUUGGGACAGUUUUUAUUGUCCAGAGUGCUUACUGCUUGCAGAAAUCAAGAUUGUGUCAAAAGCCCAGUGUUCUUAGGCAAAGUGGAAAGAACGAGUGCCCUGUGACUAAACUAGUGGAUUAAAUUCAUCUUCAGCUUUAUCACAGACCUCCUGUGGGACCCUGGAGGAACUUAAUCUCCUUAUGCUACUUUUUUUUUUUCCCUCUUCAAAAGAGGGUGUAGUAAUUUCCUACCUCCCAGAGGAGCUGUGAAGCUGAACUCAGAGGUGUUGGUGAAGCACAGGGAUGUGACAGUGACUGGUAGGCACUAAACACCUCUUGUUGCUUCUGACUUUCCAUCCUCCUCUAACAUCUGUCUCAGAGCAGGCUGGGCAGUGUUGUGAGGAUGCAGUGAGCUCACCUCUGUCCUGCCUUCUAUCAAAGUACCAUAAGAUGAGGUCACUGGGAGAUCAUGACAAAGGCAGUUCCCCUGGAGCCUUUCUUAUGGCAGGAUUCUGAAAAGUUCUUUAAAAAUCAACAAAAAGGUACUAGUGGAUCAAACUACCUUCUAUCAUUUAAAAUAUAUACAGAGCAGUCCACUUUCAUUGGUAUUUAAAUAGGAGAUUGGCUUUGCUGAAUGAUUUCUCCCAAGGAACAUCAGGUUGGUAACGUGGUAUUGGGAAAAGCUGUUCAUGAGACAAGGCCUCCAUGUGGGUCAGGCAUGCAGCCUGGAACUCAUUUCUGGGCACAGGUUCAUACUGAGGUCACAAGCCAAAGCUUUUUCAAUAGUGGCUUAGAGUCAUCUUCCAUUUAGAUCAUUACAAAGAUUCAGUGGAAUUAGAGCAGCCGAGUGACAAUCUUAAGUCAAGAAAUUUUGAUUAAGAGAUCCAAUUAGCACUGCAAAAGAAUUCAAACUUUUUGGGGGGAUUUCAAGCCUCUUUCCUCCCUUUCUCCAUAAUCACAACUUCGGUACAUAACAAUUUACACUUAAAACAGAUAGCAGCCAAAUUCAAAAGACAAAUUACUAAUCUGAUCCAAAGUCCUUUCUACUGUAUGGAGACAGCUCCAUUUACCUGACUUUAAAAUAUGACUUAAAGACUGAAAAAAAUAUCAUUAAACUGAGUUGUAACAACAGGCUUCUUCUUGGCUUUCAACCCAAGUCAGAAAAGGUGUAAUUUAUAUCCUCCUGCAGUCAUUAAAAGAUAGUACUAACUGUCAUACUGGAAAAAAAAUGUUUAAUAUUCCUAUAAAUUCCUGUAAUAAUUACGUCUGCCCAAGAGCUGUCUGCAAAGCUUUAGAUCAGCAUUUGUUUAUAGCUGAGUUUAUAAAUACCUGCUAUGAAGCUAUAAUAUAAUUGCUGCUGGUUUGGUUUGUUGUUUUUUUUUGGUUUUUUUUUUUUUAAUGAAAUGGAGAGCUGGAAUAUAUAUUCAUGAAGUUGGUUGUAAAUUUCCUUCUUGCACUGAAGCACAUUAAAGUCUUGGCACAAGAAAUGGAAGUAUAUAACUGGACUGAACGUGUUUACUUAAAGUUAUCACCAGCCUGGUGCAACAUCCAAGAUCCCAGCACAACUUGGAUGAGGUGUCAGAGUAUUAACUGGUUCUGUCAUACUGACUGUCUCAUCAUGCAGCUGGGUGAUAGCUGCAAAUAUAUGUGAUGCAUCCUAUAACAUACAGAAGGAGUAUCUACUACUUAAAAUAGGGCAUAUAGCCACUCAAGACACUUGGUUAAAAUCCAGUGGCAACCUUGAAGUUAGUGUUAGCCCAAACUCAGCUUUUCAUCCUAUUUUGCUUUGUUGCCCUUUGCAUUCAGUCCCUGUGCCUGGAGUUGAAGGUUUAGGGUUGUUCCCAGCUGAGCUGCUGCAAGCUCCUGGAAACCCUGCAGGAGCUCAGCUGGGACCUGGCACUCCUGCUUCCAGAAAGCUGAUGUCUGUUAGCAAGAGAUGAAGAUAAAUGGGUGUUACAACACCUCGAUUUGUGCUGGUGUGUAGAACCCUGUCUCCUAAAGUGUUUCCUCAGGCAUACCCAGUGCCUUCAUUCCUUGGGUAUUUCACAAAGCUACUUAGGGCACUUUGCAUACCCUAGGAUCAGAUCAAGUGUUUGUAACUUUCACAAGUACACUAAAAGAUGAUACUCGGUAAAUUUGUCUACAUGUCAUUAAAUCAGGGAGUACAAUUAGCUACUUUGUGAAGUCAGCUUUUUAUUUUCCCUCCCUCCUACAAUUACAAAUGUAUCCAUUGCAAAAAUGCCCUCCUAAUGACCACCAAAGCAUUCAAAUGUACUCUUUAUAAACAAAAAUUAUAACAGAACCUACAGACCUUUGCCUCCCUCUUUUGUGAACUAUGUUAUCCCCAAUAUUUUGGCCAGUAUUUGCAGGAAUAAAUGGAGGUUUUGUUUGCCUGGAAUUGGAACCUCUUGAAGGAUGGGUGUUCAGCAUUUCUGGAAACUCAGACCAAUUUCAAGAUGUUUCAUGAUGCAUAAAAAUUACAAAUCAGUUCCAUUUUCUGUCCUUCAUCCAGGUAAUUCCAAAAUCCUAUCCCUAGGGUAGUGUGGCCAUUGUGGGUUUAUUUCCUACAAAUGAAAGCAAAUGCUUUAUCUUUAAAAAUUCUUUUGUAGUGUUUGGGCCUCUGUAUUUUUUAAUUAGAUGCAUUGUGGGUAUCUUUUUUAUCUCUUACCAAACUUUACUAGAAUUUUUUUCAAAUAAAAAUAUUAAAAAUAGAUCAACCCAAACCUUUUAAGCUGCUAUGGUAUUUAACAACACUUGUUUAAAAAAAUAAAACGAAACCAGCUGGUUUAAUGUUCUUUUGUUUACGAUGUUCAGAACCCUGAAGUACAACAUACUUGAUGUGAAUGCAUUCAAUAUCUUAUGCAUGACCAUUUUUUGCUUCUUUCCCAGUGCAAAGAUCUUGCAAGAUCUAAUUAGCAACUGUCAUUGAAAUGUGCUAUUGAAAUGAAGAACAAAUAAAUAAAGUGAAAUAUACCUGU